AUGGAGAACUUAGAGCUUCCUAAUAUGGCUAGGAGAGGUUAUGGAUGUUACCUGACAGCGAGUAACAAGCAGAAAUUCUUAUAUUCCACAAGACCUUUUUUAAAGAGGGCUGCCUUGGUACUUACCUAUGGGAUCCUACUUAUGUAUUUUCGCCUAUGGAUAAUGGGAGGUUCCAUGCCAGCCUUUUCAGAGCAGGACAAUCCAGCUUCAUUCUCACCGUAUCUUCUUACAAGGUUUCUUACUUAUUCCUACCUCCUGGCCUUCAAUGCCUGGCUUCUACUAGCCCCGAUUACGCUGUGCUACGACUGGCAGGUUGGGAGUAUUCCUCUGGUUGAAUCAAUCUGGGAUCUGAGGAAUUUUGCUACCCUGAUCCUGGCAUUCGUGAUGUUUGUCCUUUGUCUACAUUGUUUUGUAGCAUUUAAGAAACUGGAACACAGAGAAAUUCUAGUUGGCCUGUUGUUCCUGAUUUUCCCCUUCAUGCCUGCUAGCAACCUCUUCUUCAGGGUGGGAUUUGUUGUAGCAGAACGCAUCCUGUAUAUGCCUAGUAUGGGCUACUGCAUCCUAUUGGUCCACGGCUUAAACAGGCUUUGCCUGUGGCUACAUAAGUGGGGAAUCACCGCAGUGUCCUUCUCGGCUUUGCUGCUGCUUCUGUUCUCUUGGAAAACAGUGAAACAGAAUGAAAUCUGGUUGUCAAGAGAAUCUCUUUUCAGAUCAGGAGUCCAAACUCUACCCCAUAAUGCCAAGGUUCACUACAACUAUGCUAAUUUUCUGAAAGACCAAGGCCGUGAUAGAGAAGCCAUCUACCAUUACAAAACGGCACUCCAGUUGUAUCCACGUCAUGCAAGUGCCCUCAACAACCUUGGGACGUUGACCAAAGACAUGGCACAAGCAAAGGAAUACUACAGUAAAGCUCUCCAGCUGAAUCCUCAACACAACAGAGUCCUCUUCAAUCUUGGAAAUCUUCUCAAGACCCAAGGGAAGAAAGAGGAAGCACUUCUCCUCCUGAGAAAUUCCAUUCAGUAUGGACCAGAUUUUGCCGAUGCCUAUUCUAGUCUCGCUUCACUCUUGGCUGAACAGGAACAGUUAAAAGAAGCCGAGGAAGUAUAUCAGGCUGGCAUCGAGAAUUGUCCCGAAAGCUCUGAUCUGCAUAAUAACUACGGGGUUUUUUUAGUCGAUACUGGAUCUCCAGAGACUGCAGUCUCCCACUAUCAGAAAGCCAUUGAACUUAGCCCCGGUCAUCACGUGGCCAUGGUGAAUCUGGGCAGACUCUACCGCUCCUUGGGGCAGAACAAGGAUGCUGAAAUUUGGUACAAGCGGGCACUUAAAGUAGCACGGAAAACUGAAAUCCUGUCCCCGCUCGGAGCACUGUAUUAUAAUACAGGUCGAUAUGAAGAUGCAUUAAAGAUUUACAGGGAAGCUGCCUCAUUACAGCCAUCCAACAAAGAGACUCGGCUGGCCCUGGCUCAGGUUUUAACAAUGAUGGGACAAGCAAAGGAAGCAGAGCAAAUGUUGAGCCAUAUUGUGACUGAAGGGGCCGAGUGCCUGGAGUGCUACCGCUUGCUAUCUGCCAUCUACAGCAAGCAGGAGAACUACAACAAGGCACUUGAAGCCAUAGACAAAGCUUUACAACUGAAACCAAAGGAUCCCAAAAUCAUAUCAGAGCUCUUUUUCACCAAAGGAAACCAACUAAGAGAACAAAACCACCUGGAUAAAGCUUUUGAGAGCUAUAAAGUGUCUGUAGACUUCAACCCAGAACAAGCACAAGCAUGGAUGAAUAUGGGAGGCAUUGAACAUAUCAAGGGUAACUAUAUCACUGCACGUCACUAUUACGAGAAAGCUUUACAACUGGUUCCAAACAGCAAGCUGCUGAAAGAAAAUCUGGCAAAACUGGACCGCCUAGAGAGACGGCUGCAGGAAGGGCGGGGAAGAGGGUAA